UUUGCAACUUUUCAACUUUCUUUCUCAUAUAUACGCUCUUUUAUAUUCAACAUCCUGUUAUCUCAAAGAAAUUCUGGUUCGUCCGAGACUAAGAGAUCAUUGGCUGUCAAAUGAAUAACAGAACGAAUGUUGCCGUUACCCACAGUACUACUACAACAACAACAACAAGGUUUAUCAAAUGUGUGACAGUUGGAGAUGGUGCUGUUGGGAAGACGAGCCUGCUCAUCUCCUACACUACCAACACUUUCCCGACUGAUUACAUCCCAACUGUUUUUGAUAACUUCAGUGCCAAUGUUAUGGUUGAUGGGAAGACUGUGAAUCUGGGUCUUUGGGAUACUGCCGGUCAAGAAGAUUAUAACAGGUUGAGGCCGUUAAGUUACAGAGGAGCUGAUAUUUUCCUUCUCUGCUUUUCUCUCAUAAGUAGGCCUAGCUUUGAGAACAUAGCAAAGAAAUGGGUUCCGGAGCUGAGACAUUAUGCCCCAUCAGUGCCCAUUGUUCUUGUGGGGACCAAACUAGAUCUAAGAGAGGAUGAACAGUUUCAAUUGAAUUAUCCCGGGGCAUGUACAAUUUCUACAAAACAGGGCGAAGAACUAAAAAGGCAAGUUGGAGCAAUAGCCUAUAUAGAAUGCAGCUCAAAGACACAGCAGAAUCUGAAGGCUGUCUUCGAUACUUCUAUCAAGUUGGUUCUUGAUCCUCCAAAGUCCAAGAAGCCAAAGAGAAAGCAGAGGACCUGCAUUUUUCUGUGAUCAAUCCUCUAGUGUUCACAGAACACUGUUCAGGGUUUUAAACCAAUUAAGAAUGAUGAUUACUCUCCUUUUUCUCUUAACAGUUGUCCAUUCUUCUCUUUUUUCAAGCCUUCUUUUUCUUGUUUUCCUUUUGGAUGUUUUGUUUUCUUUGGAUUGUUUAUACGUGUUUGGCAUUUAUAUAAGCAGCAAGUACUCUAUUUAUACAUACCAAGAUUGGUAAUCAAAAGGAAAAGGGUAUGUUAAAGGUUGGGGCA